GGGCGUGGAAUAGUCUUUCUAAAUCUUAUUCCUUUGAAAGCCGGCUGAAAGAAUACGAUGACCACAAAUGUCGAUAUUAAUGGAAAUCCUUGGACUGAGUCAGCGAAGGCGGACUCCUCUGAACCGGAAGGAGCUAAGACUCGUCUCCAUUGCUUCAAACCUCGUCCAUCCUCCGCAAUGUCGUUUCGACUCUUCCUUCUCCUGGUGCUCGUCGCCUUUGGAGCGGUGAACUCGCACGAGGAAUCGGGCGAGUGGAGCUGCGAUUCCGAGUCGGAGGACCGAAUCCAGGCCGAGUUCAGGCCUGGCGUCAUCACCCUCGAUGGCCGCGCCGACGACUGGGCCGACAUUGAUGGAUUCGAGUUCUCUCUCUUGCCUGCUUUGGACCCACAUCCCGAGCACGAGUACAAGGGUGGGAAGAUGACCGUUAAGGCUUUGCAUGACGGCCAUGAUGUUUUCUUCAUGUUGCAAGUUGAUGGCGACUAUGUAUACUCAAAAGGCAACAAUAACAAAUGCCCAUCUGUGGCUCUCAUGUUUCAAAUUGGUGAACAUGCCUCCUACCAUAAUAUGGGAGGGUGUAAAGAAGCACGAGGUAGUUGCACCAGCAAGAAUUGCCAUGGCCAUGAGGUCGAUAUUAUGCACUUUUCAAUCGGAAAUGCUAUUCCAGGACGUCUCUAUGGUGGCAACCCUGCAGAUAAUAGAGAUGGAAAUGGGGGUGACAGGUUUGGUCAUUUGGUUGAUGUUUAUGCAUGGAACCCACACUGUCGAUAUCUUGAUGGAAUGGGUCCCUCAGGAAACAAUAAUAGCGCACAAAACAACUGGAAAGGUGCAUGGUGGCACAGUAGCUUGACUGUCCACUCAGGUUUUCUGGUGGAGGAUAGCCCGUAUGCCUCAGAUGGUCAAAAGGGAACUUAUUAUUUUGAACUCUCAAGGCCUUUGAGAACAAUGGAUCACCUUCAACAGGAUGUUCAGUUAACAAUUGGCGAUUCAAGCAAGGCGUCAGCUGCAUUUUGGUAUCCAGUUGAUGGGAAUCCAUGGCAUGGAUCUGGACAUUACGCUAUUGGCUGUGAUUGGGUACCCCUGGACAUAACAUCGGGCAGUUCUAUACUAACCAAGUCCAAACCGAAAAGCUCAUUGGAUGUUGCCAGUGCAUUUUCCCUACUGUUUUCUGUAGUUGCUUUCUCCAUUUCUGUUUUUGUGGGGUAUUGGUAUUGGGUCUCCAGAACCAGAUAUACCCCCUUUCCUCCCACGGACAAUCCCAUGGACAAUCUUUAGGAAACUAAUGAGGGGGAUUUUGAGUCAUUGUACCAUUCGUUGAGAUUUGCUCCUCAGGCUGGUUUUUACUAUCCAAUCUUAUUUCAUUUUAUUUAUUCAGUGGAGAAAAUUUAAUUAUUGUAAUUACAAAAAUAUUUGUUUUACGUAUGAUUGAUUCAUAUAGCAUGAAGUUGUUAGGGCUA